ACAGGCGCACAGGGACUACCUUGUUACACCGGAGGGAAACAUUGUGUCGAUCUUCGUUCACUGUCUUGAAAACUCAUGUAACUUCUGAAAAAAAAAAAAACAACCACUCACUGAGUUGAAAAAAACUUACUUUGUUCGAAGGUGAUGCGACUUUAUCCGACUGUGGCAGGUUGGCGAGGUGGUUGCGGUCAUUACGCACGAAAGCAGUAGCUGAUCUCAAUGUCUGGCAGGAGAGUUGGAGCUCGAAAGCGUGUAGUUGUGUCUUCCUCUUGGUUUUUGUUUGAAGAUUCACAUAAACCAACAUCUUCACUGGACUCUAAGUUCUGUUCUGAGAUCGUGCGCCACUGAAGUGGAGUCCCUUGUUUUCGCUGCUGAUAACCCGCAAGGAAGCAUGAAUGUUUCUCUUUUCAACAUGACCCAGGGCGUGCUGUUUAAUGGGAGCCAGACCCUUGCCGGGGCUCUGGAUACAUAUUCAAGUAACAGCUCAGAGACCGUGAUGACCGAUGACGGCGGAGGGUCGCUGGUGCUGCUACAGGAUGAGCGCAAACUCUUUGUCAUGCGUGUGGUCCAGAUCGCGGUGCUAUGCGUCCUCUCGCUCACCGUGAUGUUUGGCAUCUUUUUCCUCGGGUGCAACCUGAUGAUCAAGUCAGAAAGCAUGAUUAACUUCCUGGUAAAGGACCGGAGACCUUCCAAAGACGUGGAAACUGUCAUGAUUGGGCUCGGCUAGAGGACAGAGCUCAGGCGCUGUGGGAGACACAGAAUGGGGAUCAGGUGCGGAUUUUAGGAUCUGGAUCUGGACGCACCCGUCGUAGAUGCUUGAUGCGUGUCAAGAUUAACGAUAUGCAAAGAACUUUACUUUUCCUUCCGUCAAAUGACAACAGGAAAGUAUUCCUAAACGACCAAUGUUUGUGCGUAAAGUUUGUGCGUAAACUCCAGGCAGUUGUUUACACGUUUACAACGACUCUUACAUAUAUGGAGUGGUUUUAAUAUUGCCAACUUGAACAAAGUAACAACAAUGUUUACAAGCUGUUACCUCGUGUUUCGUUUUGGUUCCCCCUUCUCUUUAAAAGGAUUUCUAUUUGAAUCUGUCUGCAAGCAUGAUUGUUAUUUCUAUCCCUUCCACGCCUGAAGUAUAAUCCGUGGACGUGAUGUAGGUAUUUUUUUUGAAAACAAAGUAUUUUCUUCCUGGUCUCAUUUGGGUGAAAACACAUUAAACUACCAAUAUUUUGUAGAUUAUUUUUUGAAAAAAAAAUGAAAAUAAAAAUGAUCUCCGUGACAGCUUGAUGGAAGUGAUUGUAACUGUUUGGCAUGCUCGCGGACUGAUCUGUAAGGUGAUUUUUGACACGUUUUGCACUUUUAAAAAUGACCUAUGCUGCAUGAUAUAUUUUGUACCAAAUCGUUGAAACUGCAGCAUGCAAUUAAAUAUGAAAAUUCA